GCAUAGCAUAGCGCAGAGUAGCUUAUUAUUUUCAUUUUCAUUUUCAUUUUUUCUUUCCAUAUUUUUUAUUUUAAAGAAAUUGUAAUUCGCAACUCAUAAUCAGUAAUCUCAUCUAAUGGCAACUCGUGCACCAGUUACUGUACCCUGUAAAUACAAGACCGGAAAGGUUCUUGGUAACGGUAGUUAUGCCGUUGUAAAAGAGGCAGUUCAUAUAGAAACUGGUCAAUACUAUGCCGUCAAGGUUAUCAACAAACAACACAUGGAAGGCCGAGAACAUAUGAUUCGUAACGAAAUCAAUGUACUUCAAAAGAUAUCCCAAGGACACCAAAAUAUCUUGAGUUUGGUGGAUCAUUUUGAAACACUAAACAACUUAUACCUUGUUACUGAUCUCGCAUCCGGAGGAGAGCUGUUUGACCGUAUCUGUGAAAAGGGUAGCUACUUUGAGAGUGAUGCUGUCAAUAUCAUCCGUACUGUGUGUGAUGCCGCAGCAUACCUACAUGACCAUGACAUUGUUCACAGAGAUUUAAAGCCAGAAAAUCUUCUUUUCCGAACACCCGAUGAAGACGCAGAUCUUCUUAUUGCUGACUUUGGACUCUCGAGAAUCAUUGACUCUGAAAAGUUUCACAUCUUGAAAACGACAUGCGGAACACCAGGAUACAUGGCACCCGAGAUUUUAACCAAGAAAGGGCAUGGUAAACCAGUUGAUAUGUGGUCUAUUGGUGUGAUUGCCUACUUCUUGCUCUGUGGAUAUGUUCCGUUUGAGAGAGAAAAUAAUAUCCAAGAAAUGAAUGCAAUCUUACGAGCUGAUUAUACAUUCGAUGAAGAGUACUGGGCUGGUAUUAGUGAACAAGCCAAGGACUUUAUUAGAUGUUGCUUGACACUUUCACCCGAAAGACGUAUUACAGCACAUCAGGCACUCAAACAUCCUUGGCUCGAUAAUUCGGCUGCCAAGACAAAGGCAAGCAAUGAAAAUGCUUCCCCGGAACAACAGCAGGAUCUUCUUCCAAAUGUUCGAAAGAACUUUAAUGCACGCCGAACAUUCAAAAAAGCCGUUGAUUUGGUUCGUCUCUCGAAUCAUCUCAGACAAAAGCAUUCGAUAUCAAUGGGAGACAACUACAAAUCCAAGGGUAACCAAGUCAGACCAGUUAGUGAAAGUAUUGAAGAGGUUCUCAAGACAGAUUAAGCAACACACAAAAAUUUAAGCUUGUAAUUUUCGAUCAAUCAAUCGAUCAAUUGACUGAUUGAUUGAUCAUUUCACUUACUUAUUACCUGUCUAUCUAUCUGUUUCUUUGCGUAAAUAUCAUUUAUUUUUAUUUUUUCAAAAAUAAAUAAAUAUAUAUAUAUAUAUAUAAUAC